AUGUUUUUGAUAGCGUUAAUUUUAGUGAAUAUUGCCAUCGCAGGAAUAAUUUAUUUAUAUGUUAAAUUGACAAUAGGCAUUUGUAAAUGCAGCAAACAUUUAGUGGGUAAAGUGGUUAUAGUGACAGGUGGAGGCAAUGGGAUUGGAUUUGAGACAGCCAAAGAUCUUGCAGACAGAGGAGCUCGCGUUAUUAUCGCCUGCAAUAAUGAAAGCCACGGUAAUGCUGCCAUAAAUGAGAUCAUCGCAGCAACUGGAAAUAGUGAUGUACAUUAUCGAUAUUUGGACCUAGCAUCGUUUAAUUCCAUUAGGAAAUUCGCCGAUGAAAUACUCCAAAGGGAAAAACGUCUCGAUAUUCUUGUAAAUAACGCUGGCAUCUACGGAUCGCAUAAUGUUAAGACUGAAGACGAUUUAUUACUUGGAAUGCAAACCAAUCACUUUGGGCCGUUUUUAUUAACUUGUCUUUUGCUACCACUGCUUAAAUCUACUGCUCCGAGCCGCAUCAUAAAUGUUUCUUCAAUGGCACAUGGACUUGCAACUCUCGACCUUAACAAUCUCAACAUGGAAAAAGAAACUAAAGAAACAUUUAGCAAAAAUCGGGUUUACGCUCUUUCCAAGCUUUGUAAUGUGCUGUUUACACUUGAGCUGAGUAGAAGACUGCAAGGAACGGGGGUUACAGCAAACGCUCUACAUCCAGGAGUAGUGAAAACAAAGAUAUUUGAUGACGUUGAUUCCAUAUUGUUUAAGUUCAUUGUACCUGUCCUAAAACUUUUCUCCAAAACUCAGUGGGAAGGAGCACAAACUACUAUAUAUCUCGCCGUGUCCCCCGAAGUGAAGGAAGUCAGCGGGAAAUAUUUUCGCGACUGUCAUAUGGUAAAAGUGAGCACAGAUCAAGCAUCUGAUGUCGUUCUAGCUCGUAAACUGUGGGAUAUAUCAGAAAAACUCGUUAAAUUAACCUAG